GCUUCAGGACCAGUCUGUUACUUCAUAGGGAGGGAGGUCGGGCCGGAGGAUAGCGGCACAGCUGAUCCUGUAAACACACGACGCUCGUCUGUUGUGUGUCAGAGUCGAGUCAAACAACAAAGCUGACUGCUGCAGGAGGCUGGGAUAAGGCUGGAAGCAGGUGCAUGGCCAGAGAUGGGAGAUGACACCGCAGUGCUUGGGAUAACAGCGUUAUUAUAACAGCGUAACAACACGGGGCGCAGCUGCUGCAGCAGCAGCGUCAGGGCUGAUCAUCACUGCAGAAAUGUCUUUCACCAUGGAGGACACUUUAGAGUCUGGCUGGGUAGCCGUUCGCCCCAAUGCAUUUGAGGAAAAAGAAAAGCAUAAAUUCGUUUUUAUCGUCGCUUGGAAUGACGUUGAAGGUAAAUUUGCCAUUACGUGCCACGACAGGACGGUUCAGAGGAGAAGCCUCGGCAGGGAUCCUCUGAUGAGCCAGGAUGGGGACAAAACAAAAUGGCCCGAAAGUCCCUUAAGGGAUAAAGUAUCUCGCAGCCCAGCAAGCAAAGGAGGCGCUGAAGCUGCGGAUAAAAACAAGUCUUUAGUUUUAGCACCAAGUCCUGCCAAAACUCAAGCAGUCAACCAGAAAUGUGCAGAUUCUCCUCCCGAGGUGUCGGGGGAGGACGAGCUGCCUCCAUCCCUGUCCGGCCUGCAGCUGGAGGAGCUGGAGCACUGCAGCUGGGCCGGGCUCUUCUCCUCCCAGGACCUGCGGGCCGCUCACCGGCAGCUGUGCGCGGUGAGCGCCGCUCUGCAGCGCUGCCUGCCGGCGCUGCCCGAGCAGCCCGCCGGGGUGUGGACGCUGCUGUUCGGCCCGGCCGAGGAUGCGGGCACGGAGACGGACAUGGACCAGCUGUGCUGCAGUCUGCAGGUGUACCUCGGACACGCGCUCGACACCUGUGGGUGGAAGAUCCUCUCGCAGGUUUUGUUCACGGAAAACGACGACCCUGACGAGUACUACGAGAGCCUGAGCGAGCUGAGGCACUCCGGGUACGAAGAGGCUCUUAACCGGGCAUCACUGCAGCUGCAAGAGCUGUUGGAAAAGCACAAAACCAUGGACAGCAUGGUGGAUCUGCUGGAGCUCUAUGAGGAAGAAGACCAGGCCUAUACAGGCCUGCUAGAGGCCUCCACACAGCUGUACCAGUACCUGCUGCAGCCCUUCAGAGACAUGAGGGAACUAGCAAUGCUCCGCAGACAGCAGAUAAAGAUUUCUUUGGAGAAUGACUACUUGGGCCCAAGACGGAUUGAAGCUUUAAAAAAGGAAGACUCUGACUGGCAGAAGAAAGCUCAAGAGGCGGUUCUCAAUAUCCAAGAGUUUACCGUAAAAUACUUUGAGGUCACUGCCAGAGCCCAGAAAGGGGUGUAUGACCGUAUGAAAGUGGACCAGCGAAAGUUUGGUAAAUCUUCAUGGACGGCAGCGGUGGAGCGCAUGGAGAGGCUGCGUUACUGUUUUUCCAAGGAAACCCUACAGCUCCAGAGAGCACGAGAGAUCUGUCUGGAGCAGAGGAAGCACACACUUAAAGAAGAGAUGCAAAGUUUGUGUAGCGGUGAUGAUGCAAUGGCUCUCUUAGACCACAUGGAGACACAAUACUAUGAGCUCCAGCUCCAACUGUACGACAUACAGGCUGAGAUCCUACAGUGUGAGGAGCUGCUGCUCACUGCUCAGCUGGACAGCAUCCACAGACAGAUCACGGAGCGUCAGGAUGAGGUGGUGUACUAUGACACCUUUGAGAGUGCAGAUGAUAUAACAGAGGACGAUACUGCAGAGAGAGAAGAGCUACGCAGACUUCAGGUCAACGCUCGACGGCUUGAGUCAAGAAGGGGCCGGAUCACCACCAAGCGCUCUUAUCUAAGGAACAAACGGGAGAUCUGUGUAUCUAACCACACCCAGAAACAUCAGAGGCGCCAAACAAUGCAGAAAGACUCCCAGUCCUGCCAUGUCUUACAGCUGAAAAAUGAGGAGGAGGAAGAUGAGGAGCUGAAGAGCAGUAGAGUAUGUCAGGAGCGGCAAAAAACUCUGGACAGGCUACGGACUUUCAAACAGCGGUACCCAGGUCAGGUGAUUCUAAAAUCCACUCGGCUGUCUACGGCUCACAGAAGAAGAACUCAGCGAGGCAGAAGUACGGAGAUAAGCAGCGUGAGUGAGCGGGAGGAGGGUGUGGACUCUGUCAGCGUCCAGACACACGAGCAGCCGCUGUGUCUUAGCACCAGCGUGCAGACGGACCCCAGCACCACGCUCACCACUCAGCCCGUCGCAACGCUCACAGCACCGGUUCCUCCUCUGCCUGCACCCACUCCCGCAGACUCCUCCUGCUCUCCAUGCUCCUUCUCCUCGCUGCUGGGAUCCCCCAUCUCUCCACCUCCGCCACCACCCCCGCCGCCUCCCCCUCCAACAGAGUCGUCGCCUUCAGCGAGCCCCGGCCAGCAUGUGCAAAAGCCUGAGAGGAAGAGUGCAGAAGAGGAGCUUGCGCUUUCCCCACUUGGCCCAUUCAUCCCUCGUUUUUUUGACAGCAGCCAGCUGGUGAGUGCACGAAAAAAACUGAAGAAGACUCCAGCGUUUGACGCUCACAGCAGAAGAGGGAGCUCACCCAUGGACGAGGUGCUCGCUUCCUUGAAGAGAGGCAGCUUCCAUCUGAGGAAGGUCGACCAGCGCUCCCUGCUGCUUGAUAAGGAUGACGAUGACCCCAACAGCAUCUUGGCUCAAAUCCGCAAGGGGGUCAAACUUAGACGUGUCCCUUUUAAAGACAGAAAAGACCUGAGGGAGUUCCCUGAAUCCACCGACCCCCUGACCAGAAGCAUACACGAGGCGCUGCGCCGCAUCAAAGAGGCCUCACCUGAGUCUGACUCAGAUGAUGACGGCCCAGCGGGCCUUGACUGGGAUAGUUAGGGUUCAAGAUUCAUUAGAUAUCACACACACACACAGCUGACUGCACCUUCUGACAUUAGACACCCUGCACUGUGCGGUACGGUUCGGUGCUGAGCUGUACUGUAAACACACAAUGACCCACUCAAGCACGCACAGCUACGUCACAAAUGUACCUGCUGAUUAUGACAAGACCAGGCUCAUACCUAUAGUCACUAAAUGCUCCAGCGGUUAAUGAUCAAUCUGUUCAUUUGUUAUGCACGCUACAUUCAAUUUUUUUUUAUUUCUACUGUUUGUUGCUGUUUUUUUUCCCUGUUAUUCAACUGUACUGAUGUCAUGUUUGUUUUUUUUUUUUUUUUACUUUCUAUAAAAUGUACUGUUGAUGUUCUGCACUUAACAUUUUCAGCACUGCACUGAUACUAAGUGAAACUGAAAGCUGUGUAUGGGAAGUUAUUACAGUGGAGAAGUGUGAUAAUUUCCUUCAACCAAGAGCGUUACAAAUGAGAAACUGUAUUUACAGCAAAGAUCUGCUCUGAGGAUGGUCGGUAAUCUGGGGUCUUAUGGGAGAUUUAAAAGUGAAGAGACAAAUACAUAAUGAUUCAUACUGGGAUCACUGAAUUUACUGUCCGGAUUGCAAACCAUUAAGACAUCAAACAUCAUGUUUUUUUAAAUUUUUGUAUUAUUAACCAGUACUUUUACUGAGCCUUAUUCUGCUCUGUGGACUCUGAUCUUGUUGUUUUGUCUUUCCU